AGUCGUCAGUUUGAUUGGCCAAUUUUAUAAUAAACAGGUGCCAGGGUACGCCAGUCAACCUCGGGACAGGCUCCAACACCGACAAGCGCAAUAAAAAACUCUCUGAGUGAAAAAAUAAGAAAUAUUGUAAAAAAAAAAUGAUUCGCCUAUUACUUUUGGCCGCCACGGCCAUCGUUGUGAGGUCGGCAGAGGAAGAAUCAAUGAAGAACUUAACUACAAUCACUUGGGCGCAUGCCGUCAAUAAUAAAACUUAUCUACAAGCUUCUUUAGCGAGCACCAUCUGCAUGUUGGAAGCUGACAUCGUCAUCGGCACGGUGAUCGGCAAGGAAGGCCCAGCCAUCCCCAUCAUGGCCCAUCCACCAGCAACUACCUCUGACCUGUCCUUGGCUGAGUUUCUGGAGACCGUGUCCCAGCACAACCUGAAGGAAUCGAACCCCACCAGUAAGAAGGGGGUGAAGCUGGACUUCAAGAGCAUUGAGGCUUAUGAGGAGAGCCAGGAACUGAUUGGCCGCUACCAGGCGCAGGGUUUACCAAUAUGGCUGAAUGCUGACAUCCUUCCCGGACCAGUGGACGCUACCACAAAGCCAGUGGACCCUGUGAAGUUUCUGAAGCUGGGCUCCAAGCAUGCCUGUGCUGUGCUGUCGGUCGGCUGGACCACCAACUACGGAGGAAAUAUCACUGAGGGCGAGUACACCAGCGAACAAAUCGGCACCAUGCUGAGGAUGAUCAAUGAGAACCACAUCAAUCAAACUGUCACCUUCCCUGUCCGCGCUGGUCUAGCAGCCAACAGUCAACCUGUUCUCUUGGACCUCCUCCGAGAAACUUCCUCUCUCAACUCCACCAUGACAGUCUGGUCCAGCGAAGGUGAUCACGUGGAAGUAGACCGUCUCCGCGCCCUGAUCCUCACCGUCGGCUUAGAGAGGACCUACCUAGAUGUCCCUCAGGAGUUAGCUGGCAAACUUCACCUGCCCCCGCCCGAUGCGAAGGCCAAGAACUAAAUGUAACAAUGUAGAUCUUUCUAGAAAAUAUAACUUGGUGAUUUAAUAAAUUCUCA